AGGUGUUUACACUUCCGCUUGGUGUUGUAUGCCAUUUCCAUAAAUAGAAACAGAGUAAUUUACGUUUGAGUGUAACAACUAACGUUCUACAAACUGAAUAAAGAUGGCAACAAAACCUUCCAGUGAUGAGUUUGGGAAGCAUUCAAUAGUUGACGACUUCAUGUAUGGAUCCAAUGUGGCUACCGCCCAUGUUUAUAUCAGAAUGGGCUUCCUGAGGAAGGUGUAUGGAAUCUUGUCUACCCAGCUCUUACUGACCACAAUCGUAGGCUUCCUGUUUAUGUCCAGUGAAACAGUCACCAAUUAUGUACAGCAAAGUCCCUGGAUGCUUCUGGUAGCAAUGAUUGGCAGCAUUGGGUUGGUUAUUGCUCUAAUGGUGUACAAAAACCAAACCCCCACAAACUAUGUCCUUCUGGGGCUGUUUACAAUGUUUGAAGCUUAUUGCCUUGGGACUAUUGUAACAUUCUACAAAGUACACAGUGUGUUGGAAGCAUUUCUGAUGACACUGGUGGUAGCAGUCAGCCUGACCAUGUAUACAUUACAAAGCAAGAAAGAUUUCAGCUCCUGGGGAGCAGGAUUGUUUGCUUGCCUUUUAAUCCUGAUUUUUGCUGGACUCCUACAGUUGUUUUUCCCCACAGUCCUGAUGGACAGAUUGAUAGCAGCAGGCGGAGCUCUUCUCUUUUCUCUCUUCAUUAUAUUUGACACAAGCAUGAUGAUGCACAAACUGUCUCCAGAAGAUUACAUCGUGGCCUCUGUCAACCUCUACCUGGAUGUCAUCAAUCUGUUCCUUCAUCUCCUUAGACUCAUGGGAGAGAGGAAGUAGAGAACUAUGGGUAAACAGAGAAUCAUGGGAAAAAAGAGGAGACCAUUUUGGGGAAUUACUAGGGAGAAUAUGUAUUCCAUAAAAUUGUACAUUAUGAAAGACAGGUUUUCAUUUGAAUUUGCUCAUAUAUUUCUUGGCAUAAUGAAAAGGGUUAAAUAAUUAUGGUUUUGUUUUUCCUUUCAAUUGUUACAUUGAUUUGUUAUGUACACAUUCAGGUAGAAUGACUGUUAGAUCAUGAAAUUUCUUAUUUGUUUUAUAUGUUUUGAAUAUGGAGCUUUAACUGUUAAAUAAUGAUAUAAUGAUGUAAGACUUUCAAUGAGAAUUCUAUACACAGAAAGGGAGGGAAAAGGUCAUUCCAAACAAUUAUGUAUUACAUUUUAAUAUUUGUUCCUUUUUGAUAUGUUACUUGUGAUUUCUUUUAUGAUUUCAUGCAGAUUAUUUGCAUCAUAAUAAUUAUUUAUCUGGAAUAUUUUAUUUUAAUAAACAAGAUUAAUGAAUAA